AACUCCUGCAUCAAUAACAAAUUGUAUAACACAAGAAGAUUCAAUUACUCCAGUGUUCAAUUGUGUGCCACAAAUCAGAAAUCACUACCAUACAUAAUUCAACAAGCAGAAGUCGAAUUCGAGGUUAGGAUUUAAUAAAACCGGUUGCUUAAGUUUCCGCAUGCUCACGCCGUUUAGCGACUCAACGAAUUCAACAAGCAACGGUCGAAACAGGAACCAAAGAUACGAACACAUGAGGGUCACUGUGUGAACGGGAGAACCUGUUAUUUGAAUCUGCUUUUGCAUGUUUACAUUCCCAGCAUUGUGAUUCUCGAGUUCUGUGUAGAUUAACAAAACCUAUGGUUACCAUGGAGGAAUUCUGCAAAUCUCUACCGAAAAUUGAGCUGCAUGCACAUUUAAAUGGCUCUUUAAGCACAGAAACUCUUGCUUCCCUGGGCACACUUCAAUCAAAUGUACAAGAAUACCAAAAACUCACAACAAUACUAACUAAAUCCCACAGGACACUUGAUGAAUGUUUUCAACUUUUUAAUGUGGCUCACCAAGCCACAAAUAAUGUCCAUGCUGUAUAUCAGGCAACACAGAGUGUGAUUAAAGAGUUUCAUGAUGAUGGUGUAAUAUAUUUGGAGCUUCGUACCACACCUAGAGAAGAAACAAAUAUGAGUAGAAAGGAUUACAUUCAGAGUGUUGUGAAAGCAAUACAAAAUUCAUGUAAUGAAUUAUCUAUUAUUGUAAAACUCAUAUUGUGUUUGGAUAGAAAAUUUGAUGCUGAUUUGAGUAGAGAAGUUAUGAAUUUGAUAAUUGAGAUGCAUCAGGCACAUCCAGAUGUAAUUGUUGGUGUAGACUUGUGUGGAAAUCCAAAAAUUGGUAACUUUUCAAAAGAGGAAUUUGUAAGAGCAAGAAAUGCAGGGUUAAAAGUUACACUGCAUUGUGCAGAGGUAAAGAGUGAUAGUGAAGAGUGGGAUAUUUUGGAGUUUCAACCCGACCGUUUGGGCCAUGGAACUUUUCUUCAUCCAGAAAAAGGCAACAAUGAAAAAACAUUUAACAUAGAUAUGCUGAAAAACAUUCCAUUGGAAAUCUGUCUUAGUUCAAACAUCAUCUGUGGCACAGUAGAUGAUUACUCCAAGCAUCACAUCAACAAGUGGAUGGAACAUAAACUGCCAUUUUGUUUAUGUACUGAUGACAAAGGCGUGUUCAUGUGUGACUUGUCCAAGGAAUAUCUCCUGGCCCAUCAACACUACAACCUCUCUGCUGAAGACCUGUAUAAUGUAAGUAUCAAAACCAUAGAAUAUAUUUUCUCAAACGACGAAAUCAAGCAACAAUUGCGGGUAAAAUUCGCAGAAUGGAAAGCACAAAAUUUUCUAAACAAAUAAUGGUUUUAUUUACAAAUACAAAAAAAUAAUACGUAAACAAUUCGAAAUAAGAAUACACAUAAUGCUGGUUUUUUAGUCAAUUAUGAACAUUUCAUAAAUACUUAACAACUAAUGGUAAUAAAAAAUAAAGUAUGUUGAAAAGCA